GGGUUGAAAAUUGUGAAAACAGGCAGCUGCACUUGCCUUUUCUAAUACACAGCUGCGUUGUGUGCUGCCACACCUUGUUCCAGCUCGGCAGUCGCAUCGAAGAACUCUAGGAUCAGCCGUGUCCGGAAAGACGUCCCCGUGCCAUGGAUUGCGCGACGUGAUCUCACGGCCGCAAGUCUUUGCACAAGGCGCCGCACCUUGCAUCUCACGAAUGCUAGCAGCGAUGCACUGUUAACCCGAAACGUCCCUGUGUCAAAUGGGAGACAGCUUGCCUCCAAAGAAACUUUGGCUGGCACGUAAUCCCGUCACAUCGACACAGCGCCCCCCACAGAGUUCUAGUAACCCUGACGUGCGAGACCGUGAAAGUAUCCACGGUCCUGAGGCAGCCACUUCAAAGCCCAGUGACGCACCAUCCACACAGCAGAUACGUGACCUUAGGGCGACAGACAGUGACGUAACGCUUCCUCCUUCAUCCAGUGAACAGAGCCUCGAUUCAUUGCAGACAGGUUGUUUCGAAGCCAUGCGCAACGCUCUUCGCUGCAGCGUAAUCAAUCUUGUUGCUCCGAGACGCAGAAGACGGAGAGCGUCACGCAAACCAAGCUCAAAACCCAAAAACGAAUCAGUGACGGGUCUUGGACAGGAGUCGACACGACGCGGUAGUGACGACAAACCCAAUCGAGGUACUCGCAGAAGACCGUUCGACCCUGAGGCUUCGGGAGAUUCUGAGAGCGGCUGUAGCCCAAGAAAGCGUGCUUUGUCAGCCGCACCAGAAGCGCAACGCGACAAGGGGAAAAGGGCGCUGCAGUGGGCUGAUUUGGAAGAGCCUACGAUGUCAGGCUUUGCUGACGUUUCUGGAGAGAAGGCCCCGGACACGUGGAUGGCCUCAGAACGUGAUGUGCCAUCAGAAGAUACGGUCGGAUACCCGGGUAACGUUUUCAAAAAAGCUGGGGAAUCUUCGUUCUCAGGUUUAUUGCCAGAAGCAUUGAAGCGGCCGGAAUCAUAUAAACCGCCGGAACCAGUGAAAGCGUCUUUGGCGUUCACGAGUCCUCCCGUCUUCGACGUAGACAAGAUGUUGAUGCCACCUCCGCCCGUGCCAUGGCUAAAAAUCGCGCGUCAAAAAAUUCGCCAACUCACUUCCGAUUCAACAUCGCAUAUGCCUUCGUCGUCGUUUUUCAGCGCAUAUCACUUCCACAGCACUUUCAAGAAACCAAGCCAAAGUGUCACAUCCUCACAGUCAUCUCCUUCCGAAGACGCAACUCCCAAAGUCACACGGCCAAGGACACUUAGCUUGUGUGAUCCGCAACAGGAACAAGGCAUGCCAGUCCAAGCACGCCGUCGGUCAUAUAGUUGGUGUAGCGAAGGUCAAUAUCUGCGCCCAAACAUGUUGGGUGAAACACGCAAAGAAUUUGAUCCUUCAAGUGCGGAGAGUGGUGUAUGCAGGGAACAGCAUCCAAGAUCCUUUGGCGCCCACCGUACGCAACAGUUCGGUCCCACUUCGCAUGCGCCGACAAGUCUAUCUGCCGGCGACGUUACCCGUAGCGAGUACCGGGAACGUAGGCACGACUUUCCGGACAUCAGCAAACUUUCGCUAGAAGCACAGCGAGAGACCGGCUGCUUUCCGGAACGUCAGUAUCACGACCGCGUUCCUGUCCAUGUGCGUAAAGAUGGCGUCAGCUUUCCAAUGCGUCUUAGGCACCAAUCUCUUCCGAAUAUCGUAAGUUCUCCAAACGUAGUGGUCAGUCAAGAUGGCGUUCAUAGCGAGUUCACUAGAAGUGUUGCUCCUCGAGAGCUUACUUCGGAAGUUCGGCAAGGGUCAGGUUGGAAGAGUGUCGCUCUUCUAGAGCAGGAUGGCUCGAGUCGAGAGAGUGCAAUCAAUCUAGAUGAUAUCAACGUUCCGGCAGCUUUUGAGACUCAAGAUAGGCGGCUUCCAAGACCCCCUGUAGGAAUACAUCCCCCGGAGACGUGGUCGCUACAUCACGAUACUGCGGCAAACCUCGCAGAGCUAGUGAUGCUACCAGCUGCGUCCGUGGCACCCAUGUGGGUUCCUACUAGAACGGCGUCUUCGGUGACUGCUACAGACUAUCCCUUGACCCCACAGACUCCAGCUGAUGCAAACGCCAUGGACAUAUCGGCGACCAUCGAGACGCAAGAGCAUGGUCCCGCUGCUCCCUUUACAGGCACAGCGAUGCCAACAGCUGAGCCAGGGGAAACAGCAACAGUUCCCACGAAAACUGCUUCACCGACAAAGACCACCGACUUCGCAACCACGACGCACACUUUCUUAUCUUGGUGA